CGCUUAACUUGAGAAAUCCCAUUUCGCAAAGCAAAAGUCGCAGACCUAUGGAGAACAUGGCAGGAACAGUCGCAGUUGAAAAUAAUGCAGACAAUAGCAUCCGCAUAUUGGUGGCCACGGACAACCACUUGGGCUACGUGGAGAAGGACGCAGUGCGAGGCGAAGACAGUUUUACGACUUUUGAGGAAAUAUUGGAACUGGCAGUGUCCGAGAAUGUGGAUAUGAUAUUGCUUGGAGGUGACCUAUUUCAUGACUCAGUGCCAAGCCAGUAUGCGCUGUACAAAUGCUUCGAAUCGCUGAGGCGAUAUACUUUUGGAGAUAAAUCCGUAUCGUUGAAAAUACUAAGUGAUCAAUCGCUUUCUUUUCACAGUGCACUCAAUCAGUCGGUAAAUUACGAGGAUCCCAAUUUAAAUAUUUCGAUACCAGUAUUUUCUAUACACGGCAAUCAUCACGACCCGAGUGGCUUUGGCCGAUUGAGCUCCUUAGAUUUGCUUAGCACAACGGGUCUAAUUAACUACUUUGGUCGCUGGACAGAUUUUUCAAGAGUGGAGAUAAACCCCAUCUUGAUCCGUAAGGGCGAAACCAAGUUGGCACUCUAUGGGCUCAGUCACAUCCCUGAUGCACAACUAGUACGUAUGCUAGAGAAGUCUGAAAUCAACUUUAAUAAUGAUCACCUGUCUGGAGAGGAGUACCGAUUGAUGGUGGUACAUCAGAAUCGCGUAGAUCGCGGUGGUCGCAAGAACAAAUUGCACCUAAAUGAGGACGAUGCAGCAGAAAGGGUGUUCAACUUUGCCAUAAACCGUGUAGAGGCCUUGAUAGAGAGGGCCAAGGGUCUGCUCACGGGUCAUCCAAAGCAGCCGACGAUCCCUCUAAUACGUCUCCGUCUCCGAUACACAGAUGAGACGCACAUGUUCAAUACCAUUCGUUUCGGGCAUCUCUUUGGCACUCGUGUGGCUAAUGUCGCGGAUGUUGUGAGGUUUACGAGGCUUACCGAAAAUCAUACGGCAAAUGCAGGCAGAGCCUCUCUGGAGUCCGCCAUGGAGCUGGAUGAUCUGCCAUUAGAAGAUUUAUUAGAUCGGUAUAUCGAGGAUAUACCGCUCACGCUAUUUCACUCCAAGGUAUUGAAGGAAGUUACAGUGCGAAUGGUGAAGCAUUCAGAUGGCCAUGCAGCGGACCAGAUUUUCAAAUAUUACAGUGAUAAAGCAGUAGAUCACUUAAUGCAAACGAUGCCUUCUCUUGAUAAUAUACAAGACGAAAUAGAGAAUUUUAGACGACGGUACAAGUCCGACGAUUUUCUUAAUGCAUUGAAUUCCCUUGGCACUAAGACACGAGCUAAACGUCCAGCUGUCAAUCGCAGCACUGUUCCUAAUGAUGCAAAAACGACAUCUGGAGGCAAGCCUCCUAGCAGAGGUGGACAAGCUGUUACUAAAAGAUUAAAGGUUUCAAUCAAAGAUAGCCAAUAAC